CAGUGUAUGCAUCUGGCAGUGGUGGCAUGUGGGGACCGGCUGGAGGAGACCCUGAUCAUGCUGAAAUCAGCAGUUCUCUUCAGCAGCAGGAGGCUCUGCUUCCACAUCUUCGCUGAGGAUUCCCUUAAGCCUCAAUUUGAGACAAAGUUAAAGGAGUGGCCUUCCUCAUAUACAAAGAAGUUUGAGUCCAACAUUUACCCAAUAACCUUCUCAGUAGGAAAUGCUCAGGAAUGGAAGAAGUUAUUCAAACCAUGUGCUGCCCAGCGCCUGUUUCUUCCGGUGAUUUUAAAGGACGUGGAUUCGCUGCUUUACGUGGACACGGACGUGCUGUUCCUGAGGCCCAUCGAUGACAUCUGGCAGCUCCUGAGGGAGUUCAACUCCACCCAGCUGGCUGCCAUGGCCCCCGAGCACGAGCUGCCCAAGAUUGGCUGGUACAGCCGCUUCGCCCGGCACCCCUUCUACGGCAGCGCCGGCCUCAACUCGGGCGUGAUGCUGAUGAACCUGACACGCAUCCGCAGCGCCCGCUUCAAGAACAGUCUGAUACCAGGUGGAUUGACUUGGGAGGAAAUGUUGUAUCCAUUGUACCAAAAGUACAAAAAUUACAUCACAUGGGGAGACCAGGAUCUGCUAAAUAUCAUUUUUUACUUUAACCCAGAAUGUCUGUACGUGUUCCCCUGCCAGUGGAACUACCGGCCUGACCACUGCAUGUACGGCAGCAACUGCAGGGGCGCGGAGGACGAGGGCGUCUCCAUCCUGCACGGCAACAGAGGCGUCUACCACGACGACAAGCAGCCCACCUUCAGGGCCCUCUACGAGGUGAUCCGGGAUUUUCCAUUUGAAGACAAUCUCUUCCAGUCCUUGUACUACCCUCUGCAGUCGAGGUUUCUGGAUACAGUGCACACUUUAUGUGGGAGAAUUCCACAAGUAUUUUUGAAGCAAAUUGAGAAAACAAUGAAGAAGGUGUAUGAAAAUCGUGUCAUUGUGUACUUGGGGGCCAACCACAAAUACUAACUGUGGCUCUCUUACACAGAAGUUUUAAGUCUUGCACUCCAUUUCAUGAAGGAUAUAAAUGAAGAAUAUGAACUCUUUUACUGAAACUCAGAAUUAAAAUAUUUCUUUUUCCAAUUUUCUAACAACCCUUGAAAUUACAAAAAGCAGGAAAUCCUAGAAGCCUGCUGAGAUUGUUGCUGAGAACAGCAGGAGAAUGCUUUCUUUGUGGAGUACAGUUGUGGCCUGCCACCCCAGUCCCCUACAGUUUAAGAAUGUAUUCUCUGCUUGGUAAUGUGAAUUGCAAGAGGCACAGUCCAAGAUUGUCAGAGAAGAGUACAAACCCAGGUACUGUUGAUCCAUCCUCCUCUUUAAGUGCUAUUCCCUGUACAGUAACAGCAGUAUUCCACUGCCAGACAGUUUUCCAUCCCUGCCUUGGGGAAUGGCCAGUGCUGCCCCUGACUCCCCUCUCCUGCAUGGAAAUGUAUUUCUGCCUGGCACUUCCGUUUCUGGGAUCACAGAACCACAGAAUUCUAGAGUGGUUUGGGCUGGAAGGGACCAUCAGGGAUAUCUUGUUCCACACCCUGCCAUGGGCAGGGACACCUUCACUAGACCAGGUUACUCCAGCCCUGUCCAACCUGGCCUUGGACACUUCCAGGGGUGGGGAAGUUGAGACCUUUAUGCUGGGAUCCAAAUGAAUAGCCUCCAAGUGGAAGAGGAUACAAAAGGGCUUUGAUGUUCAUUUAAAAUACUUCAUUUAGCUUUAAUUUCCAAGGUAUGAUCAUCAUCUUGUGAUAAGCACAAAGAGCUUAUUUAAAUUGCAGUAGCUGAAAGAUGCUUGGGACCAUUCCCUGGGGAACUGGAAGUGAGGACGCUCCUGCAGAGCAGCUCUCCAAGAGCAGACUCACUCCUGAAGAGCAGUGAUCCAAGAGCAGACUCCCAGAGGGCAUUUUCUAGGUGUAAGCCCCAUGGGUGUGUGUAGGAGUGCUUCAAGGAAGAAGCAGCAGAGAAAAUGAUGUUACUUUUCAAGUCUGUUGAGCAGAAAACAUCAGCCAUUGCUUGCAACUGCUCAUUUUUGUAUCUAACAGGCAAAGUAGGAGCUGGGUGAGAUAAUGGAGCCUUCCCCUAAUGAAAGGAGAACUGGCACAGGUUGGAUAUCCUGUACAUGUAUCAUACAUUGUUAGAGAGAAAUUCUUGGGGACUGUGGAUGGGGGAAAGGAUAUGUUCCCAAAGUUAAAAUAGGAUUUCUGAGGAAUUGCAGUUUAGGGCAUUCUCCCCUAUCCAGUCAUGGUUUCAUAAGAAAACACCAAGAGUCUCCCUUUUGUCUCAGCAUUUCUCUCUCCUUGUGUGGCAGUUCUGAGAGGAGGGAAAGCACGACCUUGGUGCCAUCCCAGGCUGCCAGAUAAGAGCCUGUGCACGGGAUGGAGUCCCAGGAAGCUUUUCCCAAGGCCUGGAGUGUGAGGGUGUGUGUGACACAGCCUGGCAGAGAGCAGGGCUGCAGGCAGCUGAGCACUGGGACAGGGGCCUGGAGUAAGGGACAGCAGAACUGCAGGACCUCACAGGAGUGACAGGAACAGAAACCUUGUUUGCACCUCUGCUGCAAGUCGUAAUCACAGUUUGGUUAAACAACGUGCUCUGACUCCAGCCCUUAUCUCACAGUGUUUGCCACCAGAGUGUAAAUUGACAUGUGAAGGACAGAGGCAGC